AUGUCCGAAGUCCCCAACAACUCAUUGGCAGCGCCUCAGUUUACAUCCAAGACCAUAUUUGGCACUAUCACCAAAUUUGAGGACGUCCAGGAUAGAAUCAUCAACACUGAGCACUUCCUGCAGGCAUGCACAGAUAUCACUGGCAUUUUGGAUCAUCUUGGGACAAGUUUUACACUGGCUAAAAAAGACAUGCUCGGAAAUAUCAAGAGAAUUAACGAGCACUAUAAAAAGGAUGUAGCUCAGUUUGCAACAUUGAAUGUGAUACUGGAGGCGGAGUCUCAUAUGGACAAGAAGCCAUCCAACUUGGCACUUGGUGUUAUAUGGCUGAAAAGGGCUUUAGAAUUUCUGCGAGCUUUCAUUUCUGGCCUUUCGACCGAACACCACAACAGGGUCGAGGAGGAGAACCUAAGGCAGACGGUGCUACAGGCUUACGAGGGAACUCUGCAGCCUUACCAUGGUUUAAUGACCCAGUUCUUGUUCACAAAUAUUUCUCGUCUGGUGCCUUACAGACGGAACCUUCUCAAGACUCUGAUGCUGGACCCGACUGCUUCUGUGGAUAUGGUUAUUUCCGACAUAGACUUAUACCUGGUGAACUUUUCUGCCACCCUGAAGUUGUUGGAGGAGCUGCUCACCCAGUACGGCCUGACCACAGAAGACAAGGUUUGA